AUGUUAGAUUAAAUCGAUGAAUCCAUUGAUAUGUCAAUCAAGAUGAAAUCUCUUAAACCCUAAAGUAUAAUAUGCCCAUAUUCAGAUCGCAGUCCAGAAUAGAAGGUUAGCUUGCUCAAGUUAAGGAAAAAUUCGAAAAGUUUUGGAGAUUGCACCACUGAAAAAUUAAUUACAAUAUAUUGGUAUGAUCAAGAACAUGAUUCAACUUACGAAUUUUCUCAAGGCUUCAGCGAAAUCUUGUGUCUGGGUGACAUAUGUAAUUGGGCUAUUUUGAAGUUAAAAGAAAUGAAUCUGCCGAAGAUUGAUGUUGAACAAACCAAAUUGUAUUUGCCAAAAAAGAAACAAGGUAAACCAAAUGAAGAUUUUCCAUGUACUUAUUUAAGCUAUCCAUAGCAUUCAGAAAUGAACUUCAACUAAAAGAUUGUGAUCAAACUAAAUUUUCUAUUAAGGUCUCUUACAUAGUACGAUAAGUCACUCCUCCUUAGAAAAUCGAACCUCGUUAAUCGUACAGCAACUCAUUAAAUAAAGAAAAACGUAUCCCCAUUACUGAAUAAAAAAAAGUUAAAAAAACAACUAAUUUCUUUUGUUUUUGCAACAAUGGUGAAUGAAUGAACU